CAGGUAUGUUUUCAUCAACAAAAUUAAAAAAAUUUCAAUGCACACGAUACAUGAAACAAUAGACAUAUUUACAAGAGAAAGCAUUGUGAUACCCUCUCCACGUGUCACGUUUUGCUGCAUUGAUUCGAUUUGCAUGGUUUGGAAGAGGGAGAGAAAUUGAAUAAUGUGAGAAAAUGGAUCAAUGGCAAUAAUCCCAAAUUAAGGCAAUGGAUUCAUCUUCAACCCUCAUAAUUUUGUUCAUAAUCACCCAUGUUGGGAAUUCUUUGCAUGAAAACUGUGGCCAAAUGUGGGAAAUUUCUGGGCUUUCCCAACAAAAUCAUAAAAACAAGAAAGGAAAUUGCAUUAAAAGCAUUAUAACGCCUUUGUCUUUCCCGCUUCCUUUGUUUUUUCCUUCAUUUUCGUGAUUUUUGUUACAUCCUAUAUUCUUUUUUGUUGCUAGCUAUGGAGGAUUCUGAAGAUACACAUCCUGGUUUAGUAGGCAAGGUUGCUAAGAAAAUACCAGCAAUAAAGCCUCUAGCAAGAAGUAGGACUGUAGGUUCCUUGUUUUCUCCUUUUGGUAAAGACUUGAGAUUCUUGGAUGUACAUGUACAUGACAAUCUUAAUGAAGAUAAUUCUCCGACUGCAGUACUCGAAGCGUGUAAUGAUGACUUAGACGUAGAAGCCAAUUCAUCAAAGGCUUCAUCUCUUUGUCUUCCUUCCAAACCUUAUUUUAAAUGGAAGAAACUUUUUAAAUUAUGGAAAAAGAAAUCAAAACACUUUUCAAGUAAAACUUCGGUUAAAAAGAUAUGCAGUAAAGUGGUUAAGAGCAGAUUCAACCCAAAAAUUAAUGCUAAUAUGUGCAAGAUGAAGGCCUCUUGGAAGAUUUUCUCCUUCUCUGAACUUCAAAAGGCGACUAGCAAUUUCAGUAAAGAGAACCUGAUCGGAAAAGGUGGUUUUGCCGAAGUUCACAAGGGAUGUUUAAAAGGAGGGCAGUUGGUGGCGGUUAAACGCUUGACGUUAGAAGAAAAUGAUGAAAGGGUUAAUAGCUUUCUUUCUGAGCUUGGUAUUAUGGCCCAUGUGGAUCAUCCUAAUACUGCUACUUUAAUUGGCUAUGGAGUAGAAGGCGGACUUUUCAUCGUCAUGCAAUUGUCGUCACUUGGAAGUCUAAGAUCUCUUCUUAAUGAUUCAAGGGAAAACAUAGAGUGGAGAAUUCGGUAUAAAAUUGCAUUAGGAACAGCUGAUGGGCUGAUGUAUCUUCAUGACCGUUGCCAACGGAGAAUCAUUCACAGAGAUAUCAAAGCUGAUAAUAUAUUACUUACCGAGGACUAUGAGCCUCAGAUAUGUGAUUUUGGACUUGCAAAAUGGUUACCAAAACAAUGGACUCAUCACUGCAUAUUCAAAUUCGAAGGCACUUUUGGUUAUUUUGCCCCCGAAUACUUCAUGUAUGGCAUAGUGGAUGAAAAAACAGAUGUCUUUGCUUUUGGGGUGCUGCUUUUGGAGCUUAUUACGGGUCAACGAGCUUUCAAUAGUGAAAGACAAAGCAUUCUGUUAUGGGCAAAACCGUAUCUUGAUGAACACGACCUGAAGAAUCUUGUUGAUCCUGUGCUUGGUGAUGAUUAUGAUGCGGAGGAGUUGGAUCGCAUGGUCUUGACUGCUGCCUUGUGUACACAGCAGGCUCCAGUUUUGCGGCCCCAAAUGAACCAGGUCACUGUUCUGCUGAGAGGAGAUGAUUACUAUCCCGAAAACAAGAAAGAAAAGCAAGCAAAGAAUAUGCGUAGGACGUAUUCCGAAGAGAUUUUCGAUGCUAAAGAAUACAACUCAACAAAGCAUCUAAAUGAAAUGCGACGCCAUAGACAGAUUGCUUUCGGUGCCAUCGAAUGAAUCGUUUUACCUUUAGCCAAAUUUCGGUCACACAAAAUGUUCGUCAAGACGUACAGAAACCAACUCCGUGUUUGUUGCGCAACCAUCAACAUAGUUUAUGGCUUAAUUGUGUAGGACAUAGAUAUCUGAACGAUAGUCGAUACAUUUGCUAAGACGUUUAGAAAACAACUACGUGCUCGUUGAGCGAACCAUCAUAAUAGUUUAUGGCUGAAUUUUAUAGGACAUCCUGAUAUUUCCAUCCUUUGUUUUCCUUUUUGAUUGUUGUAUAAUGUAAAUGCUUAUUUACAUCAAAUUCUUGACAAGUCACAAUUCAUAAAUGUAUAUAUCAUUGAUUUGGAGUUGUGUUGUUGAA